ACGCGGGUACACGCCGUUGCCAUGGCAGCCGGGCCCUGGCUGCCUCGGUAGCAAGUGCUACCGAGGGUCUCCCUCGCCUUAACUGUCAGAGCUUAGAAAGAGGAGGAGAGGAGAGCUCCCCCGGCCAUCUCUGUGACCUCAGCCGCUGCGUCUCAUACAGCAUUAUUCUUUAACACACGGAAAAUGGAUGAAAAUAAAGAUUCUGAUUCAAAAGAAAGUGAAGAAUAUGAAGAUGACUUUGAAAAGGACCUGGAGUGGUUAAUUAAUGAAAAAGAAAAAAGUGAUGUCAGCAUAACAGAGAUGGCUUGUGAGAAUGAAGAGACUAUUAACCAAGAAUUAAAAGAGAAUGAAACAGAACUAGAGCACACCAGACAGCUUUCUAAUCCUGACACAUCUUUGAACGAUGAGGUUUCACCAAGAAGAGAGGACUUCAUUUCUGUGCCGAGUAGUCAGCCUUUGGAUCCCGUAUCAGAUUCAGAUAGUGACAACUCUUUCCAGGAAUCCAGACUGGAAAGCCAGAAAGACCUGGAGGAGGAUGAGGAUGAGGAAGUAAAGAGAUACAUUGUGGAGAAAAUUAUACAAGCCAACCAGCUUCUACAGAAUCAAGAACCCGUGAAUCAUAAAAGAGAGCGAAAACUAAAGUUCAAGGACAAAUUAGUUGAUCUGGAAGUUCCUCCACUGGAAGACACUGAUAACUACAAAAAUUGUUUAGAAAGUGAGAGUAAUGUGUCUGGAAAACUGUCGCAGUUAUAUAUUUCCAGUGAAUUUGGACAAGAAAAUGUGCUCCUGUCACUUGCUGAUGGAAGCUGUGAAGAAAACAAGGACGGGAAGAUACUAGUAGAGAGAGAUGGAAAGUUUGAACUUCUAAAUUUACAAGACAUUGAAAGUCAGGGGUUUUUGCCCCCCAUUAACAAUGUUGACAGUACAGAAAAUGAACCUCAGCAGUUGUCGCCUGGAUCUUCCAAUUCAUCUGUCAGCGGUGUCAAGAAUGAAGAGCCUACAGCAAGAAUUCAUGGCUCCUCAGCAGCAGAGGUCCUGGCUUUUCUCCCUCAGCCACCACCCAACCCCAAGACUGGGCCAAGCUCUGCUGCCAACUCAGAUCUGAGUAAGGGGAGUGGGACAUCAAGUCAUAGGACGCAAUCUGCGAGUGUAUGUCCAGUGACCUCAACCUACUGUCUUUCCCCUCGACAGAAGGAACUGCAAAAACAGCUCGAACACAAGAGAGAAAAGCUAAAGAGAGAGGAAGAACAACGGAAAAUAGAAAAGGAGAAAGAAAAGAAAAAGGAGAAUGACAUCGUAUUUAAAGCAUGGUUACAAAAGAAAAGACAGCAGGUCCUAGAAAUGAGGAGAGUUCAGAGAGCAAAGCAAAUGGAACACAUGAAUAGUAGAGAGGAAAGCAGAGAUCCACACCAAGCUUUUCGACUAUGGCUUAAAAAGAAGCAUGAAGAGCGGUUGAAAGAAAGAAGGACAGAAGAACUGCGAAAGCAAGAGGAAUGCUUGUUCUUCCUCAGAGGGACAGAGGGCCGUGAAAGGGCUUUUAAACAAUGGCUAAGAAGGAAACAGAUAGAAAAAAUGUUGGAGCAACAAGUUGUCAAAGAAAGAGCUCGCCAGCUCCGACUGGAAGCGAAGCGUGCUAAGCAGUCGCAGCGUCAGCGCUGUAACAUGUCAGAGGGCAGGUCUUUCCGUUUCACUGAUGAUUACAACUGAAGGUAUCUAUUAAAU